CUACCGGAGAGACGACUGAAGUGUCCGAUGGAGAAAGAAACGGCGGCGACGGCGACGGCGGCGGCGGCGGAGAGGGUAUGCCGGCGGUGCAAGACGAAGUACUCGCCGUCGGGCAACACGGCGCAGUCCUGCAGGUUCCACCCCUCCUUCUUCGUGUGCCGCCGCCACGACGACCAGAAGAGGUACUACGAGCUCAAGGACGGCGACCCGCCGUACGCCGCCAGGUUCUACGACUGCUGCGGCGCCGAGGACCCCGACGCCGCCGGCUGCGCCACCGGAUUCCACCUCUCCUACGACGACCCCGAGUGAAGAGCCAACAACUACUAGUACGCUUGCUUGUUCCUCUCUGAAACAAAUUCAGUGUCGUCUGAAAAUCUGUACAGUCAGUGUGUGUGUGUGUGUAGAAACCAGGGUUCAGAAUAAAAUCCUAUCCUGUAAUAUCACUUGUGUUCAUAAUAAAAUCGCCAGAAUGAAUUAUGGCUCUGAGCAA